AUGUACAUUGAGAUUUUGCAUUGGGAAAAUAUUUGGAAAGAUAGUCAUGGAAGAUUCAUUGUUGGUGAUUGGGAACAUGCUGGAAGGUUAAAUGAAACUCCAAAAUUUGUUAUUCAAUGGUGGGCACCAGAAUUACAUAAUGUACCUAUACCAUCAUACACAGACAAAGCAGAUAUAUAUCUUGUUGGAAAUUUGUUAAAUACAUCAAGUAUAUUAUUAUCAAAUGAAACAGCAGCAUUCUGUUCAUUCUUGAUGAAAAAUGAUCCAAAUGAAUAUCCCUCUGCUGAAAAUGCUUUGCAGCAUCAAUGGUUUAAUGAGUCUUGUGUAUUCUUAAAUGGAACAAGUGAAAUGACAUGGAUGCAAGAUUAUACUUUUGGCUCUGGUAAAAGGCAUUAUGCUCAAAAAAAAAACACUAAUAGUACAAUAAUUAUCUAUAGUGAUCAUGAAGGAUAUUUACAUCACAAACAACCUACAAUGAUGAUGCUACUACCAAACCAACCACUUGAUUCACAUCCCAAUUUUAGUUAUGCUCUUAAAAAAAAUCAAUGUUGCCUUUCAACUCAUAUGGAUUUACAUCAAACAUUAUUACAUUUAGCAUAUGGAGGUGGUAGUGAAAAAUAUAUGCCAAGAGGUUUGAAAACAACAACUUUAGUUGAUUAUUUAGGAUAUGAAAAAUAUAUAAUAAUUUUUUAUCAAAUUCCACUUUCAGAAAAAGAACAAAUAAUCCUGAUGCUCACCCCAAUGUAUGGAUUGUGCACUUUUGAGACAUUGAAUAUACCAUGUGAGUUUUGUCCAUGCAUGGAAUUAAACAAAUUGAUUAUCAGAAUGCAGGAUCAAAAGAAAUUAGUUGAUACAGCAAUGUACAAGGCAACAAUUUACAUCAAUCAAUUCCUAAAGAACAAUCAGUAUAACAGUGUGUGUCAAUUGUUUAAUUAUGAAGGUGACAGUAACCCAAAUAACACAAUGAAAUUUGAUGCACUGGAAGUUACUUCACAGAUUGAAAUUGCCCAAGAAACAAGAUUUGCUGAUGAAUGGGAAAAACGUCAACCCAGACUAAGAAAAAAAUUGAAUCAAUCUGCUGAUAAAACUGAGAAUUUCAUUAUCACUACUGUUAAUGCAAAUAAUGUCUCGGUUGAAGUUGGUAAAGGUGGUUUAAAGUUUGUACCACAAAAGGUCACAGUUUCAAAUGGAGAUAUAGUAAUAUUCAAAUUUGUUAACCCAAAUAUUCCACACAGCGUAGUUCAAUCAGACAGCGAAAAAUCAUGCACGAGAUCAACAAAAACAAAUGUAUUCGAUUCGAAAGUCAAUCCACCAAGUGAUUUCAUAGUCAAUAUAAAUCAGGAGAGUGGUGCGCUGUAUUACUAUUGUAGUGAAGGAUCUCAUUGUAGCAUUGGUAUGUGGGGUGUAAUAAAUAUUCAAGCUCCAAGUAAUACCUCUUCUAAUUCCCCUACUAAUUCCCCUACUCCUACUGACUCUCCCAAAUCUGGUGCUACUGAAAGUUCUUCCACUUCUAUAACUUUAGUCACAUUCAUUGUAUUAUUUUCUAGUUUAUUUAUGGCCAUGUUUAUGGCCUAA